AUGAACUUUGAUGCUGACACCCACCACCCCAAUCUGAAGCUGUCCAGUAACAACACCUCAGUCCAACACGUGUCCAAGGAGCUGAAGCACCCUCCUCACCCGUACCGGUUCGACGUCCUAGAGCAGGUGCUGAGCAAACAGAAACUGCUCGGCCGCUGUUUCUUCCAGGUGGAGGUGCAGUAUAAAAAAUCUUUCAUAGUGGGAGUGUGCCAAGGGGUUGGAAAUAUGAAGUCCUCGUGUGGUGGGGAGGAGCAGCUUGGGGAUGGUCCAUGGUCGUUUGGGUUUGGGUUCGACAAUGGGCAGUGCAUCUUCUUGAACAACGCUGAUCCCCGUAACCUACGCUGCCCUGACCCCCCCACCGGCUCCCCUGCCACCAUGCGGGUCGGAAUCUUUCUGGAUCACAGGGCUGGGGUUUUGGUUUUUUACAGAAUUCUCACUGAUGAUACGCUCGUCUAUAUUUGCGAAAUACAGAACUUCUUCUGGGAGCCUCUGCUCGCGGGGGUCUUCUUGCCGGAAAUCAACAGCACCGCUAAGUUUUUGUGA